UGGAAUACUGAAAAUGGCGACACCAAGAGCAUUGGGCAUGUUUCUGUGUCGCGGUGACCUGUGCAGACUGGCUACAUCUGUCAAAAUUUUACAGCACACAGCAGUUGUUAAUUGUAUGAAAAGCCAUGAACGAUAUAAGUUCACAUCCCCACAUAUCCACCCUAAUCCAAACGUCAAAUUUAAAAAACACAGGACCAGAAAAACCAUGAAACAGAUGUGGGAAUUUAUAGAGGAAAAGCCACACCCACAUCUUGUGAAAGAACCAACCCGCAUAUAUACAAAAACCAAGGAAAUAGCUAUCACAUCUGUUGGAAGUAUUAUGAACCCCUAUAUUCCGAUGGAAAAAGAUGUCAGAAAAUCUCUGAGUGAAAAAGAGUCAUUUGAAGAAUUCAGAAAGCGAACACGUGCUAAAAUCAGCAAUAUAAGAUUUACAAGGAUCAUUAAGAAGUUUGAUAAAGGACAUAACCAGAAGGAAUUCCUGGCCCAGGCUCACCAUAUCUAUAUUACAGCUCAUAAAUGUAUCGCAAGGAUCAGAGAAGAUGAUGAGGAAUUACUGGAAUAUGUAACUCAGGAUGUUUUUGGGCAAAUGACGAAUGGCAUGUAUGACAAGACUCUACAGUGGGAGUUUAUCGAGUCGAUGGAACAGCCUAGAAUAGUCAACGUAGCGGGCGGAGAUUUACUGGUCAAGGAUAACACCUACGCUCAGAUUACCGUCCGAUUUCACACCUUACAGAAACUCGCUAUUUAUAACCGCUUUGGUAGACUGACGUACGGUGAUCGGGAACAGCCUCGCUAUGUACUGGAGUAUGUUGUGUUUGAAAAACACAUCUCGGAUACUGAGGGGAGAUGGAGGAUUGCGGGUAAAGUUACACCGGAGUGGAAGAAGAAAGGCUUCUCCUUCCUCCACACGUGGAAACAGGAGGUACCCGAGAGUGAAGAGGUGGGAUUAGAGGACUUGGAACCCUUCAGGGUUCAUCGAUACAAUCCCAAGUAUCCCGAGGAGAUGACGGAUUAUACCGAGGACGAGUCCGAGGAACAAAGUCACAGCGUGAAGGCGGCCGUAGAGAUGGAAAAUAACAAGGACAGUCUAAAAGAAAAGCUACAAUAAAUACUGUUACACUUGUA